AUGUGAGUGUGUGAGGCUGAUGGAGGAGGGAGUCUCUGGUUCCUCGCGCGAGAGAGACGCGCUGCCGGUGUUCUGUGGCGGCAGGUGCGAGCGCGCAUCAUCAUCAUCAUCAUCUUCACUCCGUUUGCUCUUCUGAACUUCUGCACGUUUGUGCUUCUGAAUCGCGAUGUUUGAGGCGGAAUGACACUGAAGAGCAGCGACGCAUCUGGAAAACACGCUCGACCAUGACGCGCGCGCUGACCGUCCUCCUGUGCGUAUUCACCCUCAUCAGAAGUGGAGCGAGCGCAGACUCUGAGGAGCGUCUGAUGAACUGGCUGCUGGGUAAAAAUCGCUAUAACAAGCUGAUCAGGCCGGCUGUGAACCGCAGCGAGAGAGUGACGGUCGUCCUGCAGGUGUCUCUGGCGCAGCUCAUCAGUGUGAAUGAAAGAGAGCAAAUCAUGACGACAAACGUCUGGCUCACUCAGAACUGGAAUGAUUAUCGGCUGUCGUGGGACCCGGCUGAGUACGAGGGGAUCGACAAGCUCCGGAUCCCCUCCAGACACAUCUGGCUGCCGGAUAUAGUGCUGUACAACAAUGCCGACGGGACGUAUGAGGUGACGGUCUUCACCAACGCCAUCGUCCUGUUCAACGGCAGCAUCGCCUGGCUUCCUCCUGCCAUAUACAAGAGCGCCUGUAAGAUCGAGGUCAAACACUUCCCCUUUGACCAGCAGAACUGCACUCUGAAAUUCCGCUCCUGGACGUACGAUCACACCGAGAUCGAUCUGGUCCUGAAGUCCGAGGUGGCCAGCAUGGACGACUUCACUCCCAGCGGCGAGUGGGACAUCUUGGCUCUGCCGGGCAGGAGGACCGUCAGCGCUCUGGACCCCACCUACGUGGACCUGACGUACGACUUCAUCAUCAAGCGCAAACCGCUGUUCUACACCAUAAACCUGAUCAUCCCCUGCGUGCUCAUCACCUCGCUGGCCAUCCUGGUCUUCUACCUGCCGUCGGACUGCGGCGAGAAGAUGACGCUGUGCAUCUCCGUCCUGCUGGCGCUCACCGUCUUCCUCCUGCUGAUCUCGAAGAUCGUGCCGCCCACGUCCUUGGACGUUCCCCUGAUCGGAAAGUACCUGAUGUUCACCAUGGUGUUGGUCACGUUUUCCAUCAUCACAAGCGUGUGCGUGCUGAACGUGCACCAUCGCUCCCCGAGCACCCACAGCAUGCCGGCCUGGGUCAAGCUGGUGUUCCUGGUCAAACUUCCAGCGCUGCUGUUCAUGCAGAGACCUCACGGGAACUCGGCUCGGCAGCGCCUGCGGCAGAAGAGGCGUCUGCGUGACCCCAGGUCUCUGUUGGGCCUCGGGUACGCUGCUCCUCGCAAGUCCGCCAUGUCCUCGUCUGCGUCUGCGCUGUUGGCUGCGCCGCCGGCUUCGGCUCUCUCGUCACCAGGACACUUCUACAACAAGGGCCAUCAACUGCAUUACAGCCACGGCUCUCGGAAAGCAGAUCCGCGGCCCACCGAGUUCCUGCCCAACGGACACAACUCCACACAGGACCUGAGGGGGAGCAGGGCCGCUGCAGACUGGGGAUCUGAGAUCCAGGAGGCUGUGGAUGGAGUUCGCUACGUAGCUGAUCACAUGAUGGGAAAUGACGAUGAUCAAAGUGUCAUCGAGGACUGGAAGUACGUAGCCAUGGUGGUGGACCGCUUGUUCCUGUGGAUCUUCGUGAUCGUGUGUGUGGUGGGAACGCUGGGGCUCUUCCUCCAGCCGCUCUUCCAGAACCAGAUCUUUCCCAUCCAGCAGCCCAGCACAGAGUCCUCCGGACGGGAUGGGAAAUGAAGGCCGAGCCGGAGAUUCCAAUGUCUGAACUGAUACUUUCUAUAAUCCAACUCUGAGACUUUAGGAUCUGAGCGUGAACUGACACGGAGUCAUGGAGCAAAUAUUGUGAUGUCACAGCAGUGUACAGCGCUUCCUCGCAUCAGAAAUCAUGUGACCUGGGAUAGGUGCAUUAGUGUCACCAAACUGAAUUGCAGAAAUGAUGAUUGCUUUCAUACAGGUUUGUCUCCCAUUGGUCAGAAAAAGCAGUUAACUCCACCCACCGGCUCAUGUUAUUGGUUGAGCCAUUGUUUAGUCACUUUUAUAUAAAAAUAAACCUGCAAAUGGUGCAUUUAGUCUCCGCAUAUUAAGAUGGGAUGAGAUUAUUUUGAUGUAAACAGAAAUGACGCACUUUUAAUGAUCCUGUAAAAAUUGGUGUUUUGGUGAUUACUUUCACUAGUAAAUUUGACAAAUAAUUACAGCAAGUAACACAUUGAACUUUUGAAGUAGAAAAACUGAAAUAGUGUUUUCUUGUAAAACAUACUCCAACAAUCUUAGAAAAAUCAUUUCACAGUGUUGCGACUCUUUCUGUUCUUUCAGGGUUCUUUUAGGCUUGUGAUGGAUUGUACAAAUUACAAAACAAGGUUUACAGAUAUGAACCAGCUGCAAUGUUUUCUCUUUCUGGGAUCUUGUUUUGUUUUUCUGAGAAUCCAGAAACCCCAGAGAAGACAGCGUGAGUGAAACUGUAUUUUGUUUUUUUUUUCUUUCACCUUUUGGAUGGGAUUAUUAGGUUUUGGACUGCCUUAUUGUUGUGUGUGGAUUCUCUCUGCUCGGACUGUGUGUGUGUGCGUCUAAAUUAUUGCCCAGAAUAUAUAGUUUUGUACAGUACAUUAAUGUGAAAAAGUACAAAUUUACUGUCAGAAUUUGCCCUUUUUUCUUACAGCAAGUUUUUACAGUGCAGAUUUUUCAACCGAGACUCAUUUAAUACCACAUCAUUUGUCUCAUGGAUCCAGUUAUUCUUUAUUUAUUAUGUUAUGGAGGAUGUGCUUUGUUUGAAUGUCGUUGUUUCCAUAAUACGUGCUGUUAUGUGUGAGAUUCAGGUGUUUUGUCAGAUUUAUUUGUGGAAGGUGAAUCUAAAAGAACCCCAAUAAAACUCACAGAAAGA